AAACUCUAAAAGAAAGACCAAUGGUUUCCCGACAAGCAUGGAGUAUGAUGGUGAAGUGUCCAAUAAUACGCAAGAUACCUGUAAUUUGUUUGCUAAAUUAUUUCAGAAGGUCUACUCAAAGUUUACCACUUCAUCAAUUUCUGCAUUGCAUAACUCGUCUUUACCACCAAUCUCGUUCUUCGACAUUACCGUCGAUGAUGUUCUUCUGUCAAUUUCAAAGUUGACAAGCAGCGCAAAAUCUGACAGUGACGGUCUUUGUCCGUUAUUUUUCAAAAUUUGUUCCGAUACCGUUGCAGAUCCUUUGGCACUUCUCUUUCGACAAUGUCUGAACUGCGGAACUUUCCUAGAUUCGUGGAAACUAUGUUCAAUAAAUCCUAUAUUUAAGUCUGGCGACCGUAAUGACAAUUGCAACUAUGACCUAUAG